AGUAAAACUGUCCGCCCUCCCUCAGCAUGGCACAAAAAAUGUGCACUAUCAGGGUUAACUUAAAUCUGAACUAAACUCCAAGCGACAGGUUGGAAGUCUUCCCAGCCAAUUCACCAUGACAGCUAAGAGUUGUGUGAGGCAAAUUGAAAGAAAAAAACACACACAGGAUGAACCUCUUAGGGAGAAGACAAUCUAAGGAGACUCUGUUCACUUUUAUUUCUGCAGGAGAUAAUCCCUCAAAAGGAGUUUGUCCUCCUGAGAAAAAAUCCCUGAAAGUAUGUGGUACCAAUUACCCUCUCAGCAUUGCCUUCAUUGUGGUGAAUGAGUUUUGCGAGCGCUUCUCCUACUAUGGCAUGAAAGCUGUUCUGACUUUGUAUUUUCUCUACUUCCUCCACUGGGAUGAGAAUACAUCCACUUCAGUGUACCAUGCCUUCUCAAGUCUGUGUUAUUUUACACCUGUCAUUGGUGCAUUUAUGGCUGACUCUUGGCUGGGAAAAUACAAAACAAUCAUUUAUCUCUCCAUUGUUUACGUUAUUGGGCACGUGAUCAAGUCAGUUGGGGCAAUACCAAGUGUGGGAAACCAGAUUGUUCAUGUGGUUCUGUCAAUGACUGGCCUGACUCUGAUUGCUCUUGGAACAGGAGGUAUCAAACCCUGCGUGGCAGCGUUCGGUGGAGACCAGUUUGAAGAGGAGCAUGCCCAGGAAAGAAGCAAGUUCUUCUCUGUCUUCUACCUAUCCAUUAAUGCAGGAGGUUUGAUCUCCACUUUCAUUACUCCUGUGCUGAGAGGCAAUAUGGAGUGCUUUGGUGGAGACUGUUAUGCCCUGGCUUUUGGUGUUCCUGCAGCUUUAAUGGUCAUAGCUCUUGUUGUGUUUAUUGCUGGAAAUGGAAUAUACAAAAAGACUCCGCCAGAGGGAAAUAUCUUGCUCAAAGUUUGCAAGUGCAUUGGGUUUGCUGUUACAAACCGGAUCAAAAAUCGGUCCCAGCACAUUCCUAAAAGGGAGCACUGGCUGGACUGGGCAUCAGAAAAAUAUUCAAACCAGCUGAUCACUGAAGUAAAAAUGGUGACACGAGUUCUGUUCCUCUUUAUCCCACUGCCAAUGUUCUGGGCUCUCUUUGAUCAGCAGGGUUCUAGGUGGACACUACAAGCUACUAAAAUGAAUGCUGACUUUGGAGGUUUUGUCCUUCAACCUGACCAGAUGCAGUUUUUAAAUCCUCUCUUGAUCCUUGUCUUUAUCCUGGUUUUUGACUUUGGGCUAUACCCCGUGAUAAAUCUGUGCAAAUUUAAUUUCACGCCCAUUAAAAAGAUGGCAACUGGCAUGAUCCUUGCGGGCCUGGCAUUUGCAGUUGCAGCUGUUGUAGAACUCAAGAUAAAGGAAAAUGCUAUGCCAACACCAGCUCCAAAAGAAAGCUACAUUCAGGUCCUGAAUUUGGCAGACAAUGAUAUUGAAGUGGCAAUCCAAGAUUAUGACCUAUUUCGACAGCCAGUCAAACCUUUUCAUGAUCCUGCUGACUACUCCAAAUUAAUUCUGAGAGGUGACCAACAAAGCCUUCAUUUGAAGAUACAGUACCAAGGAUCAUCGUUCAUAUUUAAUUAUAUUGUCCAGGAAAAGUCAGUGUACAGCUUAAUUGUCUACGUGGUAGAAAGAAGCCUAAGAAGCCACUUAAUUAAAGACAUGGGGGGAAAGCCAUCAGAAGGCAUGUCUGCUGUGAGACACUGUUCUGAUGUAGCUGCAGCAAAUACAAUUGCCACAUACAAUGUGAAGAGGCUCUGGGAGAAAGCACUAUUAGUCAGAUUCAUUAAUACUUUGGACCUGGAUGUCAACAUCACUCUUGGCAAUGAGAAUUUUGUCAGCAUUAACAAAAGUUAUGGUGUUUCAAGCUAUAGGACCCUGGCAAGAGGAAGAUACAACAAUGUCAAAUGCAGAACUGAAGCAGAAGAAUUCUUCCUUCACCUGGGCCUUUUUGAUUUUGGAGCUUCAUAUACAGUUGUUUUAACAAAUACUUCUACAAAGACCCUUAAGACAUGGAAGACAGAAGACAUUGCAGCCAAUAACGUCCAUAUUUCAUGGCAGAUUCCACAGUACCUGUUAAUAUCAGCUGGGGAAGUGAUGUUCUCCAUUACAGGCCUUGCCUUCUCUUACUCCCAGGCUCCUGUCAGCAUGAAGUCGGUGUUGCAGGCAGGCUGGCUGUUAACUGUGGCGUUUGGAAAUGUAAUUGUGCUUGUUGUUGCCCAGGCUGCACCAAUGCAACAGUGGAUUGAGUUUGUCCUCUUUGCUGCGCUACUCUUUAUUGUGUUUGUCAUUUUCUCCAUCAUGGGAUAUUUCUACAUUGGCAUGGACCCAGAAGAACUCGUUGACAGAGAGAACAAACAAGAGACGUCAAGCAGUAAAAAUAUGAUUGGACUUGUUGUCAAGAAAACAGAGCUAUAAAGGUAGUUGUGGACAUUGGAGUGGGAUUUUGUAGCCUUUCUCUUUCAACAAGAUGUUGAGGAAAUGGAUUUGUUUUUCAUGCGGGCAUCUUACAAAAUGUAUUAUAUUCUGGGGAAAGUGCAAAAUAGGCUCCUUUAAAGUCAGCCAAAUAAAUGUAAACAAACUCCCUGGAACUGUAGUAUUAAAAAUAAAUGCAAUGCAGGUUUAAAUCUGCCCAUUUCUUCUGCCCCCAUCAAGUAGAUGGAAUAGUUAUUUUCAAGUGUACAUGGUGGGGAGCGAGCGUAAAUUAAAUCUUCCCAAGCAAUAGGUCAGGUUUAUUUACAAAGCUGUAAAGAAGUGAAUGAGUGAAAUGUCCUAAAGAAUAAAUGAGUAAUGCAUAAACUAAAAAAAAAGUUUCAGUUUCUACCAAGUAAUGCAAAAAUGGGUACUAUCUGGGGGGGGAAUCAGAUAUGCUUAAAAUCACUCUCCCCACUUGUCCCAUUUCUUUGUCUACAUGCUUACCUAUGUAUCCCCCCCCAGGUUUCCCUUUCCACAGCCCUCCCUACAGAAUCACCAACCUGAUUUUUUAAAGCUCCCAAAAAGUUCUAAAAUUAAUGUUGAAAGGGCUGAUGCUGGUGCUUGUUUAGAGACAUUGUCCCCAGUGUGCUCACACUAUUUUCUCCAAAUGUCACAUGGCUCAGUCUUUUCCUAGACAUGAUCACUUAGAACCACAGAUUUGUUGUGUCUAUUUGAAUACUAUCCCACACAGUUAACUCCCUACACAUAGAAAACUAGAAUCUCACAGCGAAGGAUCACUCAGCAUUAUUUUAUUCAUUUCAUUUUUAUUCUGCUCUUCAAGUGAUCCCAGGGCAAGUUACAUCAAUCAAUACUAAAAACAGCAUAAAAUUCAUAAAUAUUACAUCCACUCCUUCUCUCUACAAAUGCAUGUGGUUUAAGCACAUGCUUCGUUCACACGUAACACUAAGCCAGACUAUGGCUUGACAUGAAUAAGCAAGUUUGCUGAUGUACAGUGAGAAAAUCACAACCACUGCUAAGCCAUGGUUUGGCUUAUCGUUACAUCCAAACUUGGGCUCAUGGUGAGCUGUAACCAUGGUUUCUUCUUGAAAGCUGGGGGGAAAGAAGCCAUGAGCCUGGGUUUGGACAUUACACUAUGCCAAACCAUGGCUUAAUUCCAUAUAGUGUAGCAGCAGCAGAAGGAACAAAGCAGCCAUGAUUUUUUCACUGUGCAGCAGUAUGUUUGUUUAUUCAUGCUAAGCCAUCAUUUGGUUUAGUGAUAUGUGUGAACAAGGACGUUGUUGUGUGGCCCAGUAGGCUAACAGUUUCUAUGGGCAGGGAAUACCUCACCUACAGAACUCUGAAGUCAUAGAACCCUGGGAGGGCUGUAUCUCAAUAUAUUUCUGAAUGUGAAGUUUAGCUCUUAGGGCCAAGCCAGACUUAAAUAGCAUGAUUAGCAACCAUGUCUGAUUUUUUAAAAAUUUAAAUACCAGGCACAAUGGGAUGAUUUUCAUUGCGACCACAGCUUGUGGGGGGGGAGGUGUGCCCCCCUCCCUCCCUAGUUGCAAUCUUGAUGAAAAUCACUUCCCCUUCCCCAAAAUUUGACAAUUGGCAUUAAAGAAUAAAAGCUUCCAUUAGCACCAAUGGGAGAGGGUUUUUUUCUAAUGUGAAUUGCCAGGCGGGAGGUUAAAUCUCACCUCCCCAUGUGCUGUGCUUCUGAUGAAAAUCGGCACAUACACCUGAAAAAAAAACCUGGUUGCUAAUCGUACUGUUAAAGUGACAUCUAGUUGGUUUCUCAAUCUGCUAUUUUGCAAGGUGAAAUGUUCCUGGAGUUAUCGGCUAGUGGCGCAUAUGCAUGUAAGACCUGUAAAAUUUUAGCCCACAUUGAGAUAUUUGUAUGUUCCACUCACUAAACUCUAGUGAAUUGGCCUGGAGAGUGCUGUGAUUGUAUAUCUUUCCCUGUACAUGGAUCAGAUUGACUAUGCUGUUGCUCAGGAAUAUCACUAUUCAAGUCUGUAUAUACCCAUAAGCCCUUAAAAUGUGACAUUUUCCUAGACAGAAAUCAUUUUCAUGUACAAACUAGCAUGAAAGCUGCAUGUGACUUUAUAUCCAUCUAUUUCUUUUUAUUGCACCA